CACUAUCCGAACCGAGAACCGACGAUUCUCGAUACAAAUUGCGCGGUAUUUCCCACCCGAGCGAACAGUACACGACAGCGUAGAGUGUGGACGUGUGCGUCGCGAACGUCGUCUUCACGUCGCCAAAAACCAAAGCCAAGCAGGUUGCUCAAGCGAAGGCAGCGCAUUGCACGCGAAACAGUCGAAAGUGAAAGUUUGCGUGCGUGUAUUUCGGAAGAAGCGUUAUCAGAGUGAAACAACGAUGGCACCAUUACGCUGGGCAAUUGUUAGUGCCGGUACGAUAUCGCACGACUUUGCGUGUGCCGUGUCGACGCUGCCGGCGGCCGACCAUCAGCUGGUGGCGGUCGGUGCCCGUGGGUUGGAAAAUGCAAGAAAGUUUGCCGAACUGCACGGCAUUCCCCGGUUCUACGAGGGCUACGAAGCGAUCGCAAAGGAUCCGGAGGUGGAUGUCGUGUACGUCGGCACGGUCAAUAACGCACACUACGAGGUCAGCCGGAUGAUGUUGGAAGCCGGCAAGCACGUCCUUUGUGAGAAGCCUUUGUGUGUGAAUCGCGGCCAGGCCCGGGCACUGCUCGACUUUGCCCGCGAACGGGGCCGGUUCUGUAUGGAGGCGAUCUGGUCACGGUUUUUCCCGAGCUACAUCCACCUGCGCGAGCGUAUCGGGCGCGGGGAUUUGGGACGGAUCGAGCGGGUCGAGGUACAGUUUGGCUUUCCGCUGACGCAUGUGGAGCGCGUGCGGAUGAAGAGUUUGGGCGGCGGGACGGUGCUGGAUCUGGGCGUGUACACGAUCCAGGUGGCGAUGUGGGCUUUUCAGGCGGAACCGGUCAAGAUCGAGGCGGCCGGCCAGCUGAACGACGAGGGCGUGGAUGUGGGCAUCACGGCCAAGCUACACUUCCCGCAGGGUGGGGUGGCAAACAUACGGACGAGCGCGAUUGACAAGCUGCCCAAUACGGCCGUCAUCAUCGGCACGAAGGGUUCGAUUACGCUGCACGACUUUUGGUGCCCCACGGAGCUGACGGACGUGGACGGUACGGUGCGAUCGUACCCGCUGCCGACGCCCAAGGUGGAAUGUAUUCUGCAAAACAGCGCAGGGCUGCGGUACGAGGCGGAGGAGACGCGCCGUCGCAUCUUGGCGGGUGAGCUUGAGUCACCGUCCGUAUCGCACCAGGACAGUCUGGCGAUUGCCGGCGUGCAGGACGCGAUCCGGAAGCAGAUCGGGGUGGAAAUGCCGGAAGACUACAUCUACAAGAGCUAGGAGCUGAUCUUGCGGAAGUGUUCUCGUUGUGUAUGUACGUUUAGAAUUUCUACAAUUAAGGUACAAAGCGUUAAUACAAAAGUCUCCCGUGGGAAGAAUUCAA